UAGAGUCAAAGGCCGCUGGAAGUCGGUUGGGGAAGAGAAGACGGACGCGGAGGAUUAAAACCUGCAACGGAUUUAUUUUAUAUUAAACUCAGAUUUCACCGCGUGCUCUAAUUAAAUCGACGCGCGAACCACGACAGAAAAGAGCUGGUCUGCAAGAGAAGGCGGUAAAAUGCUGGAUAUUCCCGAAUCCCUUUGAUUCGCCGCGGAGGAGAGAAAUAACCGUCGGUUGGGGAGCUUGGAGUUAGCUUAGCAUAGUUUAGCUUAGCCUGCUCGCGUUCUGCAGCGCCCCCGUCGCUCGCAGUGCGUUUGGACCGCGAUGAGUGUCGCCUGCCCCGGCUGCCCGCGGACUCUAGCGCGCUGAUCGGGAAGGCCUCAAAUGGGAAAGUCGAGCAUCGGGGGGGAAUACCGAGCCUAGCCGUGUAGAUGUAGCUCACAUUCGGGAGAAGGAUUCGUUGGACUUCACCAGGACAGCCCGUUUUUUUUUUUUUUUUUUUUUUUUCCUUUUCUUUUUUUUUUAUCCCUUUUCCCUGGAUUUACCUCCGAAGAUCUGAAGACAGCCAUGGAAUCGACGGUCGAUGACGACGCGAUGGAGGCGUGAAUGUGGUUUGGCGUGGCGAUAGCUGAACGAUGCCCAAGGGUGGGGGUUCUAAAACCCCCCAGCUGGAGGACUUCCCACUCGGCACCGACAUGGUGGAGAAGCAGGGUGGGAAGAAGGAUAAAGAUAAAGGCUCGUCAAACAAAACUCCUAAAUCAGACCGCAGCGAUGGUGUCAAAGAGAUGAAAGAGAAGGCUCCUAAGAGGAAGCUUCCCUUUACUGUCGGAGCCAAUGGAGACCAGAAAGAUUCUGACUCAGAAAAGCAAGGUCCGGAGCGGAAGCGCAUUAAAAAGGAGCCCACCAACUCCAGGAAGCCAGGCCUGCCAUUCGGGAUGGGCAUGCCAGGGAUCCGGGCCGGGUACCCGCUGUCGGAGCGGCAGCAGGUGGCUCUUCUUAUGCAGAUGACGGCAGAGGAGUCAGUAAACAGUCCAGAUACAACACCAAAGCACCAGUCACAGUCAAAUCUGGGUCAGAAGGGAACGCCAAACUCUGCCUCAAAAACCAAAGACAAAGUGAAUAAACGCAAUGAGAGGGGCGAGACGAGGCUCCACCGGGCAGCCAUCCGCGGGGAGGUACGCCGCAUCAAGGAGCUCAUCAGUGAGGGGGCUGACGUGAAUGUAAAAGACUUUGCAGGCUGGACCGCACUGCAUGAGGCAUGCAACAGAGGGUAUUACGAUGUGGCCAAGCAGCUGCUGGCAGCAGGGGCCGAGGUCAACACCAAGGGCCUGGAUGAUGAUACUCCUCUACAUGAUGCGUCAAAUAAUGGCCAUUUCAAAGUGGUGAAGUUGCUCUUGCGAUAUGGAGGCGAUCCGUGUCAAAGCAACAGAAGAGGAGAGACGCCGCUGAAGGUGGCAAACUCUCCAACCAUGCUUAAUCUGUUGCUAGGAAAAGGCACUUACACCUCUAGUGAGAGUUCAUCCGAAUCUUCGGAGGAAGAAGACGCCCCAUCAUUUGCCCCAUCCAGCUCUGUCGAUGGCAAUAACACAGACUCUGAGUUCGAGAAAGGCCUGAAGUUGAAAGGGAAGGCCCUCGACCCUCCCAAAUCUACCACCACGCCCAUCAAGGACGAGUACGAGUUUGACGAGGACGACGAGGAGGAGCGCGUCCCACCUGUGGAUGACAAGCACCUGCUGAAGAAGGAGUUCCGCAAGGAUCCUGUCACCAAGGUCAACAACUUCAUCUCCAUACCCAAGAUGGAGGUCAAAACCUAUUCCAAAAGCAACUCGCUCACACCAAAGAAGCCUGUGCGUCGGAUCCUGUCGGACAGUAACAGCUCAGACGAGGACGACCGGACGUUGUGUUUCACGCCGACGCCCACCCCGAGGCAACCCGCCGCUCAGCCCAACAAGAGCAGGGACUCCGCAAUGCUGAGCUCGAAGCAGCAGAAAGACAAAAACAAAGUUAAGAAGAAGAGGAAGAAAGAGACGAAAAAUAACGUCAGUAAAGAGGUGCGAUUUGGGAAGGUGAACGACAAAUUCUGCACGUCCGACUCCGAGACGGGUGACUUGGAGAGCGAGGACGACAAAGGUUCAAUGCCGAGCUCGAACUGUGUAAAAGACUCUUCCGCAUUGAACCUUAAAGACUCGUCUGUGUUCAACUCUCUGUCUGCAUCCUCCUCCUCAUCCUCACACGGGGGUUUGGGCUCCCAGAAGCUCACGCAGUCUUUGGCAGAACAGCAUCCAAAACAGUGGAGGACAGAUGGUUGGAAGACCGUGUCUUCCCCAACCUGGUCUGACGACAGCUCCCUCUCAGACUCUGUCAGAACGAGGCUUUCCAGCGAGUCUGACUAUUCCUCUGCAGACUCCAGUGUUGAAUCUGUAAAACAGGUUAAGAAGAAAACGCAGGACAACAAGAAGAAAAACAACACGCAUGCCAACGCAUUAGACAAGAAGAGCUCAGACUUUUACAAGAACUCAAAUGUAGACGGAACGGUCUCUAAAGCAGACAAAGAUGGGAAAGUAUUGAAAAAACACAAGGUGAAACACAAACACAAAAACAAGGAAAAAGAGAAGGUUCCGAGUGUGGUGCUGAAUCAAGACAUGAACGAAAAAUUCGUAAAGAGCUUUACCUUCGACUUUGACGAUUCUCGACAGAAAUCCCUUAUCGUCGAAACGGAGUCGCCCUCCGAAAGCAAAGUCAAACUAUCCAAGCAUGACAAAGAUCACUUUAAGAAAGAGGACAGAUUAUCAAAAGGUAAAAGUGAAGACAAAGAUUGGUCAGCAAAGGACAUCCAGAGAGUUUCUAAAGAAGAGAAAUCCAAGAAAACAAAGGACUCCAACAAGGAUAGAGCAAGCAAAGAAGAGAAAGAAAAAUCUUUAAAAACAGAAAAGGAGAAAGGCCUGAAAGACAAAGAAAAGCCAAAGGAGGAGAAACAAAAAUCUCACAAGGAGGAUAAAAAGAAAAAGUCCAAGGAUAAGUCUCUGAAAGCAGAGAAAAAGAGUGAAAUAAAAGAAGAAAAACAUUUAAAAUCAGAAAAAGACAAAAUUGGAAAAGAAGAAAAGUCCAAGAAAGAUAAGACCAUCAAGGAAGAGACUGAUUAUGAGGAAUAUGACAUUAAAAACUUUCUAGACGACACCAAGAUGAGCGCGUCAGAUGAUCACGAUCGCUGGCAGUCAGACCUUUCUUCCGGCAGCUCUCUCUACGGAGACGACAGCUGGGAUGCUCCUAUGAAAGAAUACAAAGCAAACAAUUCUGUAAAGCUAAUUGUGGAAACGAUGAAAGAAGAAAGCAGAGACCGGAAAAAGGAGAAUAAAGUCAAAGACAAGAAGUCAGAGCACGGAGACAAGCGUGCCGACAAAGAAGCUACAUCCAAGAAAAAAGAGAAGGAGUCUUCAGACAAGAGCAAUGAAAAGAAAAAGGACUGGACAGACAAACAGAAACUGAACUCCAAUCACUUAGAAAAGGAGAAGAAGCGAAAGGAGUCGGACGGUGGAGUUAAAGAGAAGAAGGAAAAGGAGUCUCUAGACAGCAGCAGAGACAGGAAAGAUUCCUACGAGUUUACCAAGGAGCGGAAAGACUCCAAAGUGAAACAGGAAUGCCUGACUAGAGACGAAUAUGGGAGCGAGACUUUCUUCAAAGACAAAUUGGAAAGCGAAUCUACAGCCAAGUCAGAUCCAAGGGAGAGGAACCACUCCGGUAAAGAGAAGGAUAAGAAAGGUGAUGGUGUCGAGAAGAAAGACAGACUCAAAGGUGAAAAGCACAAAGACAAGCCUAAAGAUCGAAGUUUGGAGCAGGACAAGGAUAAACCUGAUAAAAACUCACUCGAGAGGUCUUUGAAAGACAAAGACAUUGAAAGGAGCUCCAAAGACAAGAAGGACGGGGCUAAAGAUAAACACAAAGAUUCUCACAGUAAGGAUAAAGAGAGGAAGAUGUCAUCUGAGCAGAGUAAAGACAAGAAAGAGAAAAUAUCCCUAGACAAACACUCUGAGAGGGAAAAGGAUUUUCUUGAAUUUAAGAAAGAGGAGAAGAAGCCUGAAAAGGUGAGGGAGAAGACCUGGUAUAAAAUCGAGGAUAUAUUCACCGAUGAGAGUGAGGAUGAAAAUGACAGUUACAACGGAGGCGUGGCAAAGCUGAGCGAUUCAUUCGGACUCUUAGACUCUCACCGAAAAGAUUCUACACCCGACAGAGAUGACAUAGACCACAUCCUCACAGAUAAACACAGGAAGUUCUCUGGAGAGGGAAAACAGCACUCCACAGAAAAACAGAAGGAAAAGGAGCAUAAAGAUAAAAAGAAAGAGAAAACAACCUUUGAUGUUGGAAAGGAGAGAAAAGGUUCAAUUGAAAAACACAAAGAUAAGAAAGAAAAGGACUCGACUGAAGCUAAACACAAGGAGCGAAAAGACAGGGCAUCUGUGGACUCGAAUCAGGACAAGAAAAACAAGCAGAAACCUACAGACAAGAGGGAGCCCACAGAGGAGAAGAGCAAGAGCAAAUACAAAGAUAAGCCAGACCAUCUGAAAGACAGAAAACCCUCCAAGAGCGGUGGAGAAAAUGAGAAAUCCUUGCUUGAGAAGCUGGAAGAGGAAGCAAUGAAUGAUUAUAAAGAUGAUUCAAAUGAUAAAAACAGCGAGAUCUCAUCCGACAGCUUUACAGAUCGUGGCCAUGAGCCGGUUUUAAGCUUCUAUGAUUCGUCAAAUGACAUGUCCGAGGACAGACGAGAGUCACUGACCAUUUCCAAUCCGCAGGACAAGUUUAGAGACAAGGAGAGGCAUAGGCACUCCUCUUCCUCAUCAUCGAAGAAGAGUCAUGAUAAAGAAAAGGAGAAGGUCAAGAAAGAAAAGAGGGACAAGUCAGAGGAGAUCAGAGAGUCCUUUGGUCGAAGGGAGAGUUUGCCAUUUGAGAAAGAGCCAAUGCCCCUGGAAGCUGAUCCGUACACGUUUCCGUACAGCUCUAAGGCUGAUGGAGAAGAUGACCUGGAUAAAACUCUGGAGUUUGAGAAAGAGAUGUCUAAAAAGGACAAGAUGAAUAGUGUCAUUACUAGUGAAAAGAUCAAAGAAAAGAAGAAAAAGGAGAAGCAUAAGGAAAAGGUGAAGGAGGAGAAACAUAAAUACUCGGACGGCUUUGGGUCCUUCAGACACUCGAAAGAAGAUCAGAAAUCUGGACUUAAAGAAAGCCCUCAGGUCAUAAGUUUGAAGGACAAGUCUAAAGAAGACAGUCCCAAAUUUGAUGGCAAAAACAAGGACAGAAAUCGAGACAUCACAGAUAAAGAUAGAAUGGAUUAUAACAAGACGAAGAGCAAAGAUGAAAAUGACAAGAUCAGCCAGUCAAAAGAAAUGUCGCGGAAAGACUCUCGACCACGCGAACUUCUGGUGGAUGGAGAUCUCAGACUUACAAGCUUUGGCAAAAUGCUGAGCUUAAAAGACCAGGAAAAUGAAGAGCGUCAUAAGAGACACAAAGAGAGAAUGAAACAGAUGGAGAAACUGAGACAUAGAUCAGGUGAUCCAAAGCUUAAAGACAAAACCAAGUCUACUGAAGAGCUGAAGAAGAACCGUGGGGAUCUUACAUCAAAGAAGUCCAGCUCAUUGGAAUCUGCCUUGAAAGAAAAGAAGCUCAAAGAUGUUGGCCUUCCAGCGCAGAUGAUGUCGCCUGAUAGGAAAUCACAGCCCAUGGACAGCCAGAACUCAAAGGACUGGCUAGCAGGUCACCAGAUGAAGGAGAAUCUCCCUGCAUCUCCACGACCUGAUCAGAACAGACCAACGGGCGUUCCCACUCCUACAUCUGUGAUUUCAUGUCCAAGCUUUGAAGAAGUCAUGCAAACGCCUCGGACACCAUCCUGCAGCGCGGAGGACUACCCAGACAUCAUGUUUGAUGGACUAGACUGUCAGAACUCUUCAGCGAUGACCAUGUCAAUGAACGCAUGCUCCCCAUCGUUCUUUGAUAGAUACUCAUCUCAAAACUCAUCCCAUAGUUUCCCAGAAGGAACGUGCAUCACUCCUGCUAAGAACAUGCAGUUACCUCUUGUGAGUCGAUCAGCUGCUUCCGAGGUUAGAAGACCUCUCGAAGAUGAGUUCAAAGCGGAAGCUGACAAGUUCCUAAGGCAACAGAAUGUUACUCCGGCUACAGAAUUUGAGUCAUCUGCCUCACAUCUUCCUGAUGACAAAAUGCCGUUGGACAGACUUGAGUGUGUCUCUCCCCCGUAUUUCUCCCCUCAUGUGUUGUCUCCAAGGCCUGACCCCUCGCAGCCUGUUCAAGAGAGAGCUUCUACAGCAAAUGUCGCAAGUGACGCCAGUGAACUCCCCCCAGAGAGCAUGUUUAACAACUAUCUCAUUAAGCCUUCAACUCCAGUCCACAGACCGGACCCUCAGGAGCCAUGCCUGGACAUAGCUGCCCCUCCAACACCUGCGCCUGCAGCGUUGCCUCCUAUGGAUAUUGAUGACCUGUCAGAACCGCAUCAGAGUGAACCCAGCGUAUUGCCAUCUGAUCCAGUAAGCGGUAGUGAAUACUUACCUCCUCUUGUGGAGGAACAGGAAGAAGAUGAGGAGGAGGAGGAGGAGGAGGAAGAUGAGGAAGAAGAUGAGGAGGAGGAGGAUGACAAUGAGGAAGAGGAAGAAGAAGAAGAAGAUGAAGAGGAGGAUAAUGCAGAGGAUGCAGCAGAAUCUCAGAUUGCUUCAGAGCAGGCCAUGCAGUCUGUAGAAGAUCCCACAUAUUCCCUUGAGAUUGAAGACUCUGCCAGGAAGACUUGGGUUGAAUCUCCAGACCGCAGAGAGCCUGAAAUUCUUCCACUAACACCCCCUCAUCCUCAGGACGGCCACAUGGAGAACUCUUGCGAUCAGUCUGGGUGGAAUUCAGCAGAGAUUAUGAAAUCUCCAAAUGAAAGUUAUGAAGAAGUUGAAGCCGCCGUUUCGAAAAUCAGCAGUCCCUAUUCACACUCUGAAUGUGAUCUGCCACAACUUCCAACGGCACUGUCUGUCCAUCCAUCUGUAACUCCCCCUUAUUCUGCGUAUUCCAGGCCAUACUGUCCUUCACAAAUAUCAGAGCCUCAUUACCAGCUGCAGAAAGAUGAUGCUGAGGAUUGUUCAUCACCAGAGAGACCUGUAACUGAGCCUGUGGAUUCUGUGGAAUCAAACUUUAUGCCGCCUGCCUCAACUCGACUGGACUUUUUCCCAGAUAUCAAGCCCCAGAUUGAGGAGAAUCAAAUGGAGGAAGAGCCACCCAUGUGCUUGUCUCAGGAGAGUAGAGAAGAAUCCCCCAGUUACGCACCUGAGAGAACUAUUGCUCCAGCGGUAACCCGAGGGGCUCAGUGGGAAGACCCCUUCUCUACUGCUGUUGAUGAGCUUGAUGAUCUGGGUCCGUUUUCUUUGCCAGAUCUUCCGUUUCAAGAAAAAGAGAUGCAGGAGCCUGAGAUUACAGCCCCAGAGAUGCCGGAGGCUAAGCAUCCACAUCCACCUGCACAGAUAAGACCUAUGAUUAAAGAAGCAAGCAAAGAACUUGGGGUAAUAGAGGUUGGCCUGCCCAGUUUGACCAAAUCUCCCUGUUCCCCUGUGGUUGUUCCUCCUUCUGAGCCUGCUCAGGAUUUGGUGUCUCCUGUCCAUGAAGAGAGCUACCAACCACCACAACAUGACCUGGAGCCAGAGCCUCAGGGCAUUACGGAUGUUCCCUCUAUUAAAGAUGUUCCCACCAUCCAGGAUGAUGUAUGUUCUUUUAAUGAGCAGGAUGAAGGUGACGGGAACAUGUAUUCAGCUACAGAUGCUGUAAAUGACAACCAGGAGUACAAACCGAAAGACCCCUCCCCUGAUGUUCUGGCACCAGUUUCGGUGGCCCCAUGUUUGGAAUCACUGACAACUUUAAAAGCAGAACGAAUGGUGUCUCCAGUGGUAGCUUUGAGUCGAUCAUGCAGUCCUCGCCCCUCAGCUCCUAUCUUGGUUGUAACGUCAUCUACUACCACACAAAUCUCAGAGGUGCUUGAAACGACUGCCAAACUGCCAGUCGCCACUGCACCGUCUGAGGCCCCGAAAAAGGUUGAGGAGAUACCUCAAAGGAUAACGCGGAAUAGAGCGCAGAUGCUAGCCAAUCAGAGCAAACAGAGCACGGUGGCAAGCCCCGCGAGCAUCACGUCAUCAGCCGCUUCGUCUCCCGUCACCACAAGCAUCACCAACAGCUCUCCGUCUUCUAUUACAAACACAUCAGAGAAGGACAAGGAGAAAGAGAAGGAGUCCAUCCACAUCACUGCCGCUCAGACCUCCACCCCAGUGACGCCUGCUCUCGUUACCAAAACGAAAGGCCGGACCGUCGAGGAGGAGGAUGGUCAGACGCAACAUCCGCGCAAAAGGAAGUUCCAGAAAUCGGGCCAGCAGCAGGUGCAGGUCCAGCUUGUGAACACGGCGAUGCAGCAGACGCGGGAGAUGAUUCAGCAGACACUGGCAGUCAUAGUGAACGCCAUCAAGCUGGAUGAAAUAGAGCCCUACCACAGCGACCGUUCCAAUCCUUACUUCGAGUAUCUGCAGAUUCGCAAGAAGAUUGAAGAGAAGCGGAAGAUUCUUUGUUACAUAACGCCACAAGCGCCUCAGUGCUAUGCAGAGUAUGUGACCUACACCGGCUCCUACCUGCUUGAUGGCAAACCUCUAAGCAAACUUCAUAUCCCAGUGAUUGCUCCGCCUCCAUCUUUGUCAGAGCCCUUGAAGGAGCUCUUCAGGCAGCAGGAAGCAGUGAGAGGGAAGUUGCGACUGCAACACAGCAUUGAACGGGAAAAGCUGAUUGUGUCCUGCGAGCAAGAGGUACUGCGAGUUCACUGCAGAGCUGCAAGAACUAUUGCUAAUCAAGCUGUUCCGUUCAGUGCGUGUACCAUGUUGCUGGAUUCAGAGGUCUACAACAUGCCAUCAGAAAGCCAGGGGGAUGAGAACAAGUCUGUGAGAGAUCGUUUUAACGCUCGGCAGUUCAUCUCUUGGAUUCAAGACGUGGACGACAAGUAUGAUCGCAUGAAGACAUGUUUGCUGAUGCGACAGCAACACGAGGCUGCCGCUCUGAACGCAGUGCAGAGGAUGGAGUGGCAACUCAAGGUGCAGGAGCUGGACCCUGCUGGACACAAAUCUCUGUGCGUCAACGAGGUCCCCUCCUUCUACGUGCCAAUGGUUGACGUCAACGACGACUUCGUACUGUUGCCUGCGUGACACGAACACACUCUGACGCAGAGUGCGCGGUGUAAAAUUCUCAUCUUUCAAAGAGACAACAGACAGCAAGUUCGGUAAGGGCUAGCCGGUUUGGAGAGAAGAUUUCUUUGAGGAGAAAACAUAUAUAUUAUAUAGAAAAAGUUUUAAAAAAUAAAAAUCUGUCAGAUGAGGGAUCAUCUUUCUACCGGGGGAAAAAAAAUCACGACUUGCACUUUCAUCCUUCGAGUUUGUAUGCUUUUGUUUGGGAUUUAAGAAGCAACUGAUUUGCUUUGAAACUCGCCACUCCUCCCCUGCUGGCUGUGAUCCGGCGCAAGGAAACGGGGAGAGAGAAAUGUCAGUUUUCUUUAUUUUUUGAUCCCAUUAAACUAAAUUACAACAAAAUGGUGGGUUGGGACUGGCUCCUCCACCACCUUUGUCCUUCAGAAUCAGGGACAGAAGCUACCACGGUGAGCUUGAGAGUGCCGGACAGAAACCAGGCCCGGCACAUUCAAACAACAACAAACAAAAGACCCGAAAGGGGUGCCAGAGGAACGCUUGAACAUCCGUUCCUACAGCGGAGACAGUAGGACCUGGAUCUCACUCAUGGCCACAGCAGAGGAGAGCAUGGCUCCCUGCUGACCACAGCGCCACCCAGUGCAACCCCAGAGUAGAGUAGAGCAGCAGAGCAGGGCGGACAGCCGAACGAACGAAUGAACGAACGACCAGCCGGCCAGCCAACCAACAAACUAACCGCAGGGAGCGAAGGCGGCACCGUGACGUUGCGAAGGCGCCCCCUCAGAGUGGGGGGAGACUGCAGACUGCUUUCAGCACCAGGGCAUCCAUCCAUCCACAGACAUGAGACCCAGGAUGCCCUUAGUCCAGUACAGGGCGAACAGCUCCUGGCUCUCGGUACAGAAUCGUAUGUACAGCCUCUGGAGGUUCGCUGGGAGGUCAGGCCCUCUGUGCUCCCGCACUCCUUCAUACAGCAACACCUGUACGAGAACGAGGACAAAACACGAACACGCACAGGACAAAAACAUGAAAACGCGACGUCGCGAACCAAGAGGCUCCAGAGACUUACGGGAUGGUGUUUUAGUGGAGAUUUUUGUUUUUCUUUUUGUUCUUUUUGGUCUUUCUUUACUUGGGCAUUUCAUUGUUCCCUCUCUGAGGAAGUGACUUGAAAACACUACAGAGCCAACGUUAGUUUAAUGGAAAAAAAAUCGAAACAAAACCGAAAAAAAACAUUGUAUUCCGUAAAUGAUGUACAGUUUUUAUAUUCGUUAACCAAUGUAUUCUCGCUGCCUUCUAGAUAAUUUAUUUUGCCACCCAUUACUGCACAGUUGUAAAUAACUUAUGUACUGUAACAUCACACAGUUACGUGUAAAAAAGAAAUGAAUAAAAAUUAUCUUUGUAUGUACA